CGCCAUCAAUAAUGUAAUGUUGCACAGAAGUUGUUUGUAUAUCGUUGUACACAAGAUAACGCCAGUGAGACAUGUUUUGAAUGAUAGCUUUAUGUAGCUGGGCGACUGUGAUAAAACUGGGAUUUUAAAGAGGCAGAAACUUACGCGCAUCUGCUUCCAAGAUGUUUCAUCACUUCAAAGUUAUUUAUCAACAACUCUCGAGCAAAUAUUUUAACAAACUACAAUGUAAAAUAAUAUCUUAAUUAUAAUCCCUUACCAGCUAACCCCCACAAAUCGUUCGAGGGAAUGCUUAUUGUUGGCCAUCUCAUGUUCGACACACAUGGCUGCUGUAAACAGAAAUGCAGCAUGAUAGCUUCUAGCUAACGUUAGCUGUCAAACUAUUUGUCUAGUGAAAUAAGAGUGAAACAAACGUGGUUGAAGAUCGUUUAAUACUCAUAUUGACAAGCCUGUGUCUUCUCUCCAGCUGUGACUGCGAUGGAGGAGGUGUCUCUGAGAGUGCUGCCAAUGGACCCAGCAGACCGGGGAACCCAGAGGGUCAGACUGGGCCCAGGGCUGAUGUCCUCCCUGGGGUUGGGGCUGGGCUCUCCUGUUCUGGUGGCUCUGUCUGGAGGGUCCUGUCUCUGUACUGCCUGGCCCAGGCCUGACCUGGCUGACGGAUUCAUACAGAUAGACAUGAAAUGUUGUUCUUCAAAUCUUAUCUUAAACAAAGCUACACCCACGCACCUCAGCCUACCACUAACCCCCAGCCCUAACCCUAGCCCCAGCUCUAGCCCACUUCCCCCCAGCCCAGGCCUAAGUCCUAGUCUCACCCCAGUCUCCUGCCCCAAGCUGAAAGGCAUCAGAAUAACAGUGGUGGUUCAGAGUGUGGAGUUCCGGAAAACCACCCCUCCCAGUUUCAUCCAUGAACUAGUGAAGGACAUGCUGAAAGGGACAUAUGUCCACCAGAAGCACGUGAUAGAUGUGGGUGACUAUGACACGGACAUUAAACUGAUCGUCAUCGAGAGCCUGAACCCAGAGUCCACCGUGACUGGUUUGGUUACAUCUAAGACAGGGGUGGAAAUAACGGGGACGAGGACCCUCCGGUACUACAGAGGACAGCUCCAGGAGCAGCCCCAGGUCCUCCUGGGAGGACUGGAAGAGGUGUCAGCGUCUCUGAGAGAGAUGUUGCACCUGCCUCUGCAGUACCCUGCUACCCUGGGCUCCCUGGGUCUCUCCUGCCCCAGAGGAGUGCUCCUUGCUGGGCCGCCGGGGGUCGGAAAGACCCUGCUGGUCCGCUGCCUGGUGGGGGAGGUGGGGGCCAGCCUGAUCACAGUCAGAGGACCAGAGGUAGUAGGGUCUCGGCCAGGGGAGAGUGAGGAGAGGUUGCGGGCGGUGUUUGGUCGGGCGCGGGCAGCGGCAGAGGAAGGGCCUUGUAUGUUGUUCCUGGAUGAGCUGGACUCUCUCUGUCCCAGACGGACUGGAUCCUCCGCACCCGAGAACCGGCUGGUCGCUCAACUGCUCACGCUCAUGGACGGCAUGGACCAAUCAGAUCGCUUCCUCAUCGUAGGAGCCACUAAUCAGCCGGACAGCUUGGACCCGGCGCUACGGAGGCCCGGGAGGUUCGACAGAGAGGUGGUUAUCGGUGCCCCCACAGCACAGCAGCGGUUGUCCAUCCUGUCAGUGCUGUGCCAGGCCAUGCCAGUGUGUGUCAGUGUGGACUGGGCAGAGCUGGCCCAGAGGACUACAGGAUAUGUGGGUGCUGACCUCAGUGCUCUCUGCCGUGAGGCUGCCAUGCUGGCUAUACGACACAACACACCGGGUUCAGGGGAGCAGACUAUCACCAUGGAACACUUCCUGUCUGCCCUGAAGACUGUCCGUCCAUCCUGUCUGAGGGGCAGUCUGGGACGGACAGACCUCCCAGCCGUCUCCUGGGAACAGAUAGGAGGCCUGGAGGAAGUCAAAGUCAAACUACAACAGAGUAUAGAGUGGCCAAUGCGUUACCCGGAGGCGUUUGUGCGUCUGGGUCUGUCCCGUCCCAGGGGGGUGUUGCUGUACGGUCCCCCAGGCUGUGCUAAGACCACCCUGGUCAGGGCUGCAGCCACCUCCUCCCAUUGCUCCUUCCUGUCAGUCAGCGGGGCUGACCUCUACUCUCCAUAUGUAGGAGAUUCGGAGAAGGCCCUGGCUCAGCUCUUUCGUCAGGCGCGGGCCUGCGCUCCCUCCAUCCUGUUCCUGGAUGAGGUGGACUCUUUGAUUGGCUCCCGGUCAGAAGGCCAUGUCCCUCAGAGUGCCCAGACCCGCCUCCUGUCUGUGCUGCUGAAUGAGCUGGACGGGGUAGGCUUUAGGACCCUGGAGAGGAGAGGAGCAGGGAAGACCCUACAGGCUGAGGGAGUGGAGCACCACCAGCAACAGGAACAUUUGGAGUACCAGGAAGUGUGUAACAAGGAAGUGAUGAUCGUAGCGGCCACUAACAGACCAGACUUUCUGGACAGUGCCCUCCUAAGGCCUGGAAGACUGGACCAGAUCAUCUAUGUACCCCCACCUGACUUACAGGCACGUGUGUCCAUCCUGCAGGUGUGUACAGAGAAGAUGCCUCUGGAUGAUGAUGUGUGUCUGGAGGAGCUGGCUAGACACACUGACCUUUACUCUGGAGCAGACCUGGAGAACCUGUGCAGAGAGGCAGCUCUGUUGACCCUCCAGGAUGAAAGUAUGGAAGCUUCUAGUAUCAAACACCGAUACUUCCUCCAGUCUUUACAGAGGAUGACUCCCUCUCUUUCGACCCAGCAACUACAGACAUACAAAAACCUCUUCAGAUGACCAACUAUAGACCCACCCCAUCAGAAGAUGCCUCGGACUUGGAAAAUAAAAAUGUCAUUGUUUCCUUUCCUUUUUUGGGGGUCUGUUGGCUGUUUAUGGUGAUGAGUUGACGGUAUGUAGGCCUAAUUACAUUAGUACAUUGAGAUGAUUGUAAUACAUCAGCACAAGCAGGAUCUCCAGUCCUCCAACAACACACACUUAAUGUAGCCCGUACAAAAACACCUGAUUCAACUUUAAGGGCUUGAUGAUUAGAAUCAGGUGUGCUUAUCCAGGACCACAACAAAAAUAUACUGUUGGUGUAACUAGAGGACCAGAGGUCAGAAACUGCUCGUUCAUGGUCUUGCCCAGUGAGUCAAUGUCAGGAACCCCCAACCUGGGAAAACCGGUGCCCCAGGGACCCCCUUCCUGAUUCACUCUGUCUUAUUGGGUAAAGGAUCAUGGCCAGGCAAAGUCAUUGAAAUGUUUUGACCUCCCCACAGAAAUACACAAGUGUGAACUUUAAGUCUACUUUAGCUAGAAAAGGUAACUCAAAGUACCUUGCUCAAAAAAAUAAAGGGAACACUUAAACACAAUGUAACUCCAAGUCAAUCACACUUCUGUGAAAUCAAACUGUCCAGAUGUGGCAUGGAGGCGCUACCAGGAGACAGGCCAGUACAUCAGGAGACGUGGAGGAGGGCAACAACCCAGCAGCAGGACCGCUACCACCGCCUUUGUGCAAGGAGCAGUGCCAGAGCCCUGCAAAAUUACCUCCAGCAGGCCACAAAUGUGCAUGUGUCUGCUCAAACGGUCAAAAACAGACUAUGAGGGUCCGACGUCCACAGAUGGGGUUGUGCUUACAGCCCAACACCGUGCAGGACGUUUGGCAUUUGCCAGAGAACACCAAGAUUGGCAAAUUCGCCACUUGCGCCCUGUGCUCUUCACCGAUGAAAGCAGGUUCACACUGAGCAGAUGUGACAGUCUGGAGACGCCAUGGAGAACGUUCUGCUGCCUGCAACAUCCUCCAGCAUGACCGGUUUGGCGGUGGGUCAGUCAUGGCGUGGCAUUUCUUUGGGGGGCCACACAGCCCUCCAUGUGCUCGCCAGAGGUAGCCUGACUACCAUUAGGUACCGAGAUGAGAUCCUCAGACCCCUUGUGAGACCAUAUGCUGGUGUGGUUGGCCCUGGGUUCCUCCUACUGCAAGACCUCAUGUGGCUGGAGUGUGUCAGCAGUUCCUGAAAGAGGAAGGCAUUGAUGCUAUGGACUGGCCCGCCCGUUCCCCAGACCUGAAUCCAAUUGAGCACAUCUGGGACAUCAUGUCUCACUCCAUCCACCAACGCCACGUUGCACCACAGACUGUCCAGGAGUUGGCGGAUGCUUUAGUCCAAGUCUGGGAGGAGAUCCCUCAGGAGACCAUCCGCCACCUCAUCAGGACCAUGCCCAGACGUUGUAGGGAGGUCAUACAGGCACGUGGAGGCCACACACACUACUGAGCCUUAUUUUGACUUGUUUUAAGGACAUUACAUCAAAGUUGGAUCAGCCUGUAGUGUGGUUUUCAACUUUAAUUUUGAGUGUCACUCCAUAUCCAGACCUCCAUGGGUUGAGAAAUUUGAUUUCCAUUGAUAAUGUGUGAUUUUGUUGUCAGCACAUUCAACUAUGUAAAGAAAAAAGUAUUUAAUAAGAAUAUUUCAUUCAGAUCUAGGAUGUGUUAUUUCAGUGUUCCCUUAUUUUUUUUGAUCAAUGUAUAUUGGCUAACAGCUGAUUUAAGAAGUUGGACAGUCAUUUUAUCCAACACGUCUAAGUCAAGGAAGUUCACCAGCAGCAUCCCGAGUUGAAUACCUCUAGUCCCCUUUAGAAGCAGAACAAAACACAACUCUUUAGGUCAGUGUUCAAAGGAAGAUAUUUAUUUCUAAAUGUAACAGGUUCUUCAUUCAUGUUUCCAGUCAAUGUAUCUGCCAGUUGAGUAAAGGGAAGUGUGAGUGAGACUCAGACAGGUCUCAGUCUAGUGAUAAAGUAACUCAAAAGAUUGAUAACCAUGCCUCAUUUAAACAAACAGCUGAUAAUGUGAUCAACAGGCAAUACUGCAUCCUGAUUUUAAGGGAAUAGAAGUCUCAGUUCUCAUAUUAGUUUACCAAUUAAAGUAUGCCAUUUGGGACGUAUCCAUACUUCAUUCUGCGUAGUAGUACACGAGUGUGGAUAUUGGAGCAGAGCCUUAAGUGUUCAGGUUGAAGUAAUGAAUGUGCAAAUCACUGAAACACUGGUAAGUGCUGCUGUAGAGCCAAACCUGACAAUGUGAUCGACCAAAUACCUUUUAACAUAAAAUAAAUCCAACAAGAGCAACACAAGGCAGGUAAUGCAUAUACUGAUCUGCAGUCAAAGAAAAUUUCAUUUUAGUCUGUUCCAACCAACAUGUUGAUACGCUUGGACAGGAAGACUGACAGUGGUUUAAGGAACCAACCAAGACCUGAUGACACAAUGCCAAAUGUAUUUAUAUACCCACACAAUGACUGAAUUAUGCAUAUUAUCAAUAUUGGCAUCUCACAGCCCUCAAUGCUUAUGAAAUAAUACUGCAUUUCUGAAAUGUUGACAGAAUCAAUCUGAUAAGCAAAUAAAACUGUCUGAUAUUAACUAGAAGCAGUAGUCAUGCAUUUCCCUACUACAGUAUUAAACAUGAUUCAAAGUCA